AUCAACAUAAGCUUGGGUAUUCAAUCUAUUGAGACAGGACAAGUGAUUGUGUCAACACCUUAUCUCAUAUACAACUGCAGCAGUUUUAUCAGUUGUACUAGAUGUGUGGACAAUGUUUACUGGUGUGACUGGUGUAUGAGAGAAAACAAGUGUCAGUAUAAUACUGAUUUCUGCUCGGGGGAAAGUGUCAGAAGUCGAAAUGAUACUUAUCCACAAAACGGCAUAAAAUAUAUUGGUUUUGAAGGCAAACAAGGGAAACAUUUUUGCCCCAAGGUGGACACAAUUCAGACCGGUCCCUUACUGAUGCCACAGGAUCAAUCUAAAACCAUCAUCGUUCAAGGAAAGAAUUUCCAAGAACCAGACCAGUAUAAAGGACAAAUAAAGUUACCAUCAAGGAUACUAAAUGUAGAGGGAAGAAGGAUAUCAAGUACUCAGUUAAUGUUCAAUAUCAGCAAGAUUGAAGACGCUUUACCCAAAGGUUUAUAUGAAGCAAGCAUGAAAGUUCUGUGGACAGACUUGGAAUUUAACAUUGAAACUAGCUAUCUAACAUUGAUUUUGUACAGCUGUGCAGAUCAAGCGGUUGGAGACUGUACCUUCUGUGAGGAUCUGGACCUCAGUUAUCCUGCAAUGAAUUGUAAAUGGUGUGAUGACCAAUGUAUUUACAGUCUUAAGAACUGUUCAGAAUAUUUAUGUCCAGCCCCAAUUGUCAACAGUAUUGAUCCAAUGGAUGGUUCGGUUGAUGGUGGUACCCACAUCACAAUCAACGGAAAACAUAUUGGUGUGUCAAGAAAACAAGUAGAUAAUAUCACUGUUGCUGGUGUACUAUGCUCGAAUGUUUCAAUAAUCGACCGAAAUGUACAGUGUGUUACGGGACCCAGUUCUGUUUCUUCUGGACCAAUUAAUCUACGUGUAAAUGAACGGCUUGGAGUUAGUACAGCGAUGUUUACUUAUAAGGAUCCACAGCUGUUAGGGCUGUCUCCUGCUGAUGUAAUACAAUCUGGGGGGAGAUCUAUCAAAUUGAUUGGAAGAAAUUUAUUAAUAGGAAAGAGGGACCUUCGAGUUGAACUAAUAGAUGAUUUUUCCAAUCCUAAACUAUGCUCAGUAGAAAUGGAGGUUUCUUCUGACGAGGCAAUAAGAUGUGUUCCAGAGCCCACGAAUAGAACUGGACCUCACAUAAUACAGGUUUUCUUCGAUAAUAGAUCACUCAGGACAUUACAGAACAUGAGAUUGACUUAUCUGUCUGAUCCUGUAGUUCAGAGUACAGAACCUUUUGAGUUAAAAAGUAUUUACAGUGGAGGUUUGAGCUUCUCUAUUGUCGGUUACGGAUUUGUAGAAGUGAUCGAUAAAAUGACAGUCUACUUUUCUGGAAACAAAGGAAACAAUAAAUAUCUGUGUUUAAGAAUAAACAUAAAUCGUCUCAAUUGUAAAUACCCCCCUUUUCCAAGAUGGAUGACAGAGAACUCCAAGGUUCAAACAUUGCAACUUUCACUAGACGGUUUUACAACCACUUUGCAGCCACGAGUGUUGUAUCUUAAAGAUCCAAUUCUCUUCCCAUUUAAUGGAAACCAAUCUUAUAGCUUUGAUCCUGCCUCGAGAAAAAACGAAAUUAUCAUCAUGGGAGAUAAUUUAGAUGGUGUUGCUACUAAGGAUGAUUAUUUUAUUCGAGUUGGAUCAGGUGAAUGUAUAAUGACAGAUCUACAAAGUUCUAAUCUCACAUGUAAACCUCCAUAUACAGAGCCCUCUCCAUUAUCAACUGAUGGAAAAUUGUAUAUUAGAGUCCAAGUAGGCUUUCUCACCGUUAUUGUUGGUGACUUGAUUUAUCCGUCGACCACAUCAGUUGACAUGUAUAUUCUUAUAAUUUUGAGCAUCACGAUUGUUAUUGUGAUUGCUGGUGCCAUAGCUCUGUUUGCCAUUUUAAGAUGGAGGAGACUAAAAACAAGGAAGGCACAACAAAGACAAAAUUAUGUUCAAAAUGUGCAAGUUUCGGGAUACGAAAUGCUGAGAAGAAAUCGAGAUCAAGCCGAUGAACACAGAAUAGAUGAAAGUAUAGUGAACCUUCUGAAAAGUAAAGAUUUACUUAUCUCUCCCGAUGACCUCAGAAUCGGAGAUUGUGUUGGAAAAGGGAAUUUUGGGAUUGUCUAUGAGGGCACUUUGACGGAAUCAGUGGAUAAUUACGAAACCAAAGUAGCAAUCAAAUCUUUACAUCAAAAGGAAUCACGAGAUAUAGACGCCAAGGAAUUUGUAAACGAGGCUUUACAAAUGGCUGAUUUCCACCAUCCGAAUGUGAUGCCGUUAAUUGGGAUUUGCCUUUCGGACGAAAUGCCACUGGUGAUCUUACCCUUCAUGAGGCAUGGAGACAUGUUAACAUACAUCAGGGAUCAAAACAAUGUGAUGACACUUCUGAAUAUCUUACAAUUUGGUGUUGAUAUCGCCAGUGGUAUGGAAUACCUGUCUUUACAAAGGGUAGUGCAUCGUGACCUAGCUGCAAGAAAUUGCAUGCUUGGUGAUGACAAAACAGUAGUAGUAGCAGACUUUGGCCUGUCACGGGACAUAUAUGAGAAGAAUUACUACUGUAUAAGUAAUAAGAAUUGUAAGUUACCGGUAAAAUGGAUGGCGCCUGAAAGUCUAGAAAAAGGAAUCUUUACAGCCCAGUCAGAUGUGUGGUCAUUUGGUGUUGUACUGUGGGAACUGGUGACCAGGGGAAAUAAGCCAUACCCGGAAGUGGACGGAUGGGACAUGCUCAGAUUUCUGAAGAUGAACAGGAAGUUGCCACAGUCUGAAUAUUGCCCAGAUGUUUUAUACGCUUUAAUGACAAGGUGCUGGGAUUUAGAUCCCGAAAGGAGGCCGACAUUUACUGACCUUAUAGCCCAACUGGCCAGAUUCACGAAUCCAUCAUCUGAUGAUAAUUAUCUGGAACCUUCCUUUACAUAUGAGCGACUUCAGAGUACUUAUGUAAACAUUGGAAUGGGGAUAGAUUACAGCGACUUACAAAAAGAAAACUGAUAAAUUGACAAAAAACGUUCUCACAUUUAUUUCUGCAAUCUGGAAAAAUAAGGACUGUAUUGAUUUUUCAAAGAAAAAAAACUUUAAUUCACUGCUCUUGUUAUUUAUGAUAUA